AAGAGGCGGGACGUAAUCCAUGUUUGCAGGUGGCUUGGUUUGUGUGGUUGAGCAAGUGAACUGAGCUUCUGUAAGAUAAUGGCAUCUGGAUACAAAAAACCAGGUUUGAGUGGCUCCCAUCGUCGGAAAAGUGGGUUAAGACAUGACCUUUCUGAAGAUCAGAAGCAGGAGAUCAGAGAAGCUUUUGAUUUGUUUGAUACUGAGGGGUGUGGUAGCAUUGAUGUGAAAGAACUGAAGGUUGCAAUGCGCGCGCUUGGUUUUGAGCCAAAGAAAGAAGAAAUUAAAAAGAUGAUAGCAGACUCUGGGAAAGAUGAAAGCAGCACCAUAAACUUUGAAGACUUUUUAGCAAUGAUGACCACAAAAAUGAAUGAAAAAGAUUCUAAAGAAGAAAUUCUGAAAGCUUUCCGACUCUUUGAUGAUGAUGGUACAGGCAAGAUUUCCUUUAAAAAUCUAAAGCGAGUUUCCAAGGAACUUGGAGAAAAUUUAACAGAUGAAGAACUGCAGGAAAUGAUAGAUGAAGCUGAUCGUGAUGGAGAUGGAGAAAUAAAUGAGGAAGAAUUCUUGAAAAUCAUGAAGAAGACCAAUCUAUAUUGAUGGUUCUUUACCUUUAAAAAUGACUCGAAAAUUAUAAACAUGUUUACUGUUUUAUAAUGUACAAAAAGGGUAUCUGCUUGGGAGGGAUUUUUUAAACUAGAAACUUGCUGUUUAUAUCAUUGUGAUGAAGUAAUGAUUCAUACAUGUUAGAAAGCUUGUUGCACUUAAGAAAACAGGCCUGUUAUUUCCUGAAUUUGAGGGAGAUGAUAACAAAACUGUUUUUGAGAAUAAAGAUAUACCAUAAUAUGCAUACAUUGCAUCAUAUUUGGUAUGUAGUUAAAUACAAAUUUGCUUUACCUGGCCACAAACAGUUUAAAUAAUGACUAAGCUAUAGCUAGUCCUUGAUUUACAACAGUUCAUUUAGUGACCGUUCAAAGUUAGUGGCACUGAAAAAAGUGAAUUAUGUCCAUCUUUCACACAGCCUUUGUAGCAACCCUAUGAUCAUGUGAUCAAAAUUCAGAUGCUUGGCAAAUGGUUCAUAUUUAUGUCGGUUGCAGUGUCCCGGGGUCAUUCAAUCACCUUUUGUGACCUUUUGAUACAUCAAAAUCAAUGGGAAAGCCAGAUUUCAAUUAACCAUGGCACUAACUUAUCUAACUUCAGAGAUUCACUUAACAACUGCGACAAAAAUAUCAUAAAAUGGUGCAAAGCUCACUUAACAUAAUUUUUAAGCUCAAUUGUGGUUGUAAGUUGAGGACUACCUGUAGUAGUUUUUCUACUCUGUAUUGCUAUAAGCAUCGAAGUCAGAACUCUUUAUGAAAAAGAAUAGUAAAGGGAGAUUAAGAAACAUUAGGUGAAUAGGAAUCUGUGUGCAUGUCUAUGUGUCUCUAUCUGAGUCUGAACCCCUUUAAGUCAGUGUUGAUUUCUGGUAACUGCUUGAACAAGUCUCUGCAGUUUUCUUAGCAACACUUUCAGAAGUCUUCAAAAAGAGGGAAAAACUGAUCUAGAAAACUACAGACUAAUCAGCUUGUCAUCAAUACUUGAGAAAAUACUGGAAAAGAUAAACAGUGGACUUGUGCACAUCUAGAAAUGAACAAGGUGAUUAUUAGAAGCCAGCAUGCUCAUGUUUGACAUGACCUGCUUUUAACCCACCUUAUAAUGUCUUUGCUAAUAACAUGGCUAAAUUAGUGGAUCAGGAAAAUGAUGUGGAUAUAAUAAAUUUAGAUUUCAGUAAAGCAUUUGAUAAUGUAGAUCACAGCCUACUUGUUGGUAAGAUAGGACAAUGUGAGAGAGACUGGAUCACCACCAGAUGGGUUUGCAGUUGGCUGACCAAAUGUACUCAGCAUGUAGUCCUCAUCAGAACUACAUGGAACACAGGUGUCAAACUUGUGGUAUGUUGCUGUCACGUGAUGUUUCACAACAUUUUUCCCUUUGCGGAGCUGGGGUGGGCAUGGCCUGCACUUGAUGCAUCCAGCCCGUGAGCCGCCAGUUUAACACCCCUGACAUGGAAAGAAGCAUGCAGUGGAGUAUCUCAAGGUUCUGUCUUGGGCUCAGUGCUCUUCAACAUCUUCCUAAGUGACCUAGAUGGGGGAAUAGAAGGGAUGCUCAUCAAAUUUGCAGAUAACACCAAGCUGUGGGAAAUUUCUAACAUUUUGGAAGAUAAGAUUCAGAAGGUGCUUGACAGACUUGAACACUGGGUUCUAGCCAACAAAAUGCAAUUCAGUGGUGAGAAAAGUAAGGCAAGAAAAACCAAAUGUAGAAGUAUAGAAUAGGUCAUUGAUGGUGAAUCUUUUUGGCACUGAGUGCCCAAAGCACAAUCAGAUUUUUUCUCUUGAUGCAUUCUAUAGUAUAGUGCUACUUCAUUCAAGAUCUUGUUAGCUGUUGUGUAGUUAAAGGAUACUAAAUUAAGACCUACAACAUGUCUCAGAUUUCUGUAAUGCUGAUAAUAAAAAUUCUUUUCUUCUCUUUAAGCAUUAUCCAUAU